AUGGGAUACUUUGUCGACUAUAUUUGGUACUUUGUUACGCACCCUGUCCUCUUCAUCUACCAAGUGGUGCAAUAUGUGCUUGACUUGCUCCUUUCACCUACUCCUCCUCCACCCCAUUCAAACCUCGCUCGUCCGAAGAUCGCCAUCAUAGGCGCUGGCCUCACCGGUGUAUCGGCUGCUUCACACAUUGUCGGUCAUGGCUUUGAUUGCCGUAUCUUCGAGGCUGGGCCAAAGGAAAACCUCGGUGGGAUCUGGAGCCGAGUGAACAACACUUCUGGUCUGCAAAUCCACUCGGUCAUGUAUCGCUUCCACCCCUCGGUGCACUGGAAGAAGGGAUAUCCGGACCGCCAGCAGAUAGUGUCGCAGAUCACACAAUUAUGGAAGAGAUAUGGACUGGAGGAAAAGACGGAAUUCAACACAAAGGUGGAGAAGGUGUACAAAGAUCCGCAUGGACGAUGGAUUAUCAACGACCCGAGCUACGGACGAUUUGAUGGAGUCAUUGCAGCCAUCGGGACAUGUGGUGAUCCAAAGAUGCCGAGGCUGCAUGGCCAGGAGAAUUUCAAGGGAAAGAUUUGGCACAGCUCGGACCUAGACGGCAAGGUGGCCAAAGGGAAGAAAGUAGCCAUUAUUGGUGGAGGUGCAUCAGCUGUUGAGGCACUGGAGUGGGUUGCGAACGAAGAGGCAGAACAUGCAUAUGUCCUUUCACGCAGUGAGAAGUGGAUUAUCCCACGGAAUCCAUUCAUCGACGCUCUUCUGGCUCUGAACAUUUUCGGCUCCGAAACAAUCUUUUCCUGGAUUCCAGAAUACGUUCUGAGAUUGUUCUUCUACCGCGACCUGUACGACAUUUCGCCGGCGCCCAAUAGUGGAAAGGGGCUCUUCACCGAGACACCAAUGGUCAACAAUCAGGUUCUCGACCUCAUUCGCUCAGGUAAAGCUUCCUGGCUGCGCGGCGAUAUCAUGGGUUAUGAUGACUCUGGUCGGGGCAUCAAGUUCAACAAACGCGCUCAGGGGGUUCCCAAGAAUGGGCCUGGAUCAGAGAAACUGAUCGAAGCGGACAUUGUCAUCAUGGCUACGGGAUACAAACGACCCAGCCUGGGCUUCCUGCCAGAGGAAGUCUUCAACGAGCCAUAUGAUCCACCGAAUUGGUACCUUCAAGUCUUCCCACCAGACCACCCUUCGAUUUGCGCAAACAACUGUACAUAUGUCAAUGCAAUUGGCACGGUUGGAAACUACCACAUUGGCAUCUACACGCGCUUCCUGCUGAUGUAUCUGGUGGACCCGCUGGCGCGACCCAGGACGUGGUGGAUGAAGCGAUGGAUAGACAUGACGCGGUUCAUCAAGAGCAAGGCGCCUGGAGGAGCAUUUGAUUUCUUCACAUACUCUGAGCUGAUUUACUGGUUUGUCUUCACCAUUGCCAUCAAUCCAUUCCGGUGGAAGUGGGCGGCAUUUGUCUUGUGCGGAGUUGGCAAAGGACUGCCACUGAGCGUGGUUGAGCAGGAGAAUCGAGCAAGGAAUGGACUAGGUAUGACGCAUGUUGUUGGCAGUCACAGCAACGGAUAUCAGACGGAAUAG